UGAAUUCGUAAGAAGCUCGAGUCUCUUCAACGCGGAGUUCGGUCAUUCUGCGAGUUUUGCUGUUGCGCGAUCGACAAAAUUGUCAUUGAACCGUCUAAAAAUUUGACCGACGUAUUUUUCAUUUCCUUUAUUUUAAUUAUAAUCGAUAAAUGUAAUUGACAGAUAGACACAUGUACAUCUAUCAGUGAGAUGUAAUACAUUUGCGUCUAAAAAUGACUACUCCGGAAGCACCGCUCGACUUUCGACUUGAGUACAUCGGCGGUUUCGUGCAGAAGAGUCUAAAAUUAAAGCCGGAGAAAUGGGGAAGAUUAUUACUCACAGAGGAAUAUCGGAACGUGGUGUUGGAUUUUUUGGACAAGCCAUUACCGGUCGCUCUUUUUGUCGUUCUAACACCGAACGCGCAAUUAGUGGCGUCGUCCAGUUUUCCCAUACCGUGCCAGAGAACGAAGGGAGUUUACGCAAUCAAGGUGAAGCAACUGCCAUUGCCAAAAGACAAGGAAGCAUGUUCGGCUAUGUUAAUCGUGGGUGAUCUGUCCCAUCGGAUUGUCGAUCAAUUGGCUACAUUAGUGGAUAACAUCGUUGCGCCUCUUCUCACCAAGCCAGAAAAUCACAAGGACUUGCCGGAAGUAGCGAUUCACGAUAUAUGCAAGCACGUGCACGCUCUCCGUGGCACGUUGUAUCAGGUGAAAGGUCAGGUAAAUGGACGAACGGUGCUACCGAUGCCGGCGGGUCUCGAAAAGGUGGCGGAAGUCGAGAGAUUGGUUACUGUAGAAGGACCGCAAGCGGCCGAUUUGUAUUUGAAAAGUGCUAUAGAAGGUGUGGUGAUAAAAUGGGCCUACUUAGUGAACGACGUAGUCACUCACGAAUCCAGCGUCGCGUUUGAAAACGGACAGAAUCCGACGCCCGACGUCGAGCUAGAGUACUGGUCUACCAGAUUGGCGAAUUUGAGAUACAUCUACGAUCAACUGCAAGAGGACCGCGUGAAAAAGAUGGCGACGAUUCUCGAGAAAACUGACAGCGCGUACUUUCCGUGCUUCCGCACGUUGUUCGACAAUGUUGUCUCCUCAUUGGCCGAAGCGAAGGACAUAUCGUUGUACCUGACGCCUCUGGCGAAGUGCUUCAAGUCCGUGGAAGAGAUCGACUUCGCCGAAGCUAAGCCGCUGAUGGCAACUCUGAUACACUCGCUCGGAUUAGCGUGGGCAAAGUGCAAGAGUUAUCAAAGCUCUAGUAAACUCAUCAUCAUGCUUCGGCAGAUAUGCAACUUACUGAUACAGGAGGCGCGCCGGUUUCUCGAUCCGACAUCAAUAUUUCAGAGCGAUGUCGACGAAGCACUCCAACGCGUUAAAAUAUCGAGAGGAGUACUCGAGGAAUUCAAAAGACAGUUCGAAUUGAGAAAGCAUAUGCCGGGCUUGAAACCGGAAGCUCCAUCUUGGACAUUCAAUUCGACCGCCGUCUUCACUCGUCUCGAUGCUUUCCUGAAACGGCUGGCAGAUAUCGAGUGGCUCUUCGAUACCGUCCUUGAAUUUUCCAAGUUGGAGAAGAUUGAAAUAGGCGGCAUUCUCGGACGGUCCUUGAGCGCGAGAAUCAUAAGCGUGUUCAAAGAAUUUCAGCAGCUUUUCGUUUCGUUCACCGUGAGGGCCAGCGACGUUCUCGAGCCGGACGAUGAAUCUUUCGUCGUUGAUUGCACGAAGUUCGCUGAAUCCAUCACCGAUCUUGACAGCAAACUGGCAGCGAUUCUGUGCCAGGCUUUCGACGACUGCGGCAACCUUGAAAGUGUCUUCAAGUUGAUAAACAUCGCCGGAUCAGUACUGGAACGUCCCGUCAUACGAAAGCAAUUCACUAAUCGAUACACUAGGAUUCUCGAGCUUUUAAACAUGGAACUUUCGGUAGUGGAAGUUUUGUUCAACCGCGGUAGCAGGGGUGCUCUAAUUAAUCUACCGCCUUUGGCUGCUGCCUUAACGUUCACCAGCAUGUUGCGGCAGCGUAUCGACUUGCCUAUACAAUCGUUCAAAGCCAUGCCGCAUCCAAUCGUUCACAGCGAUGAAGGUAAUAAUAUAAUGUCACGUUACGAAAGAUUGAUAAAAAUAUUCGCCGAUAAGGAGGAUGAUCUUUUCAAUGAGUGGGCGCGAACGGUACCGCAAACUGUUGAUGCCGGCCUCAACCGUCAUCUGGUUUGUAGAGAGGCUGAAACUUUACUAUUGAAUUUCGAUCCCAGCCUUCUCGCGGUAUUGAAAGAAGUGAGCUAUUUGAAACAGAUGUCACGUUCCGAUAUUCCUCAAGAAGCAAUUAAGGUGUCCGAGAGCGCGGAGACGUUCAGAAAAUUUCGCACGAUGCUAAGCAGCACGGUCGACUCGUACAAUAACAUACGUAAAACAACGAAGCGAGUUGAGUUUGACCUGAUCGAGUUGGAGGUGGCGCGAAUCGAUUCCCUGAUAUCCCGCGGAGAAGAUGAGCUAUGCUGGAGAUCAGACGGGCUUCUCGAAUAUAUAACGGAGUUGGGCGAUCUCGUGGAGGGGCUGUGGAAGCGCAUGAAGUCCGCCCAAUCGAACGUGCAGAAGAUCAGAAACAUUUUGGAACCCUGGACGAAAACGCCCCUCAUAGAACGGAAGGACCGUCGUAAGGAGACAUUGCUUGCCUUAGACGAUCGUUCGGAAAAGGUAUCGAAACGUUACGCGGAGAUUACGAAGGCCGCUGAGCAGAUACACUCGAUAUUGGAGGAAAAUCAAACGCUCUUCCAAAUUAACGAGAUCGAGCAGGAAGCUUGGCAAGAAUACGUGAAAUAUAUCGAUGACAUCGUGAUCGAGUCACUUCGAAAAGCAGUUGGAUGCUCUUUAGGCUAUUUAGCGGAGAGCAUGGAUCCAAUCGGCCAGUGCGAGGCAUUACUUGAAGCAAAAUUAGAGCUCAGAGAACCAGACUUGUAUUACGUGCCAUCACUAGAACCCGAGGAUCCAGACGGACUUGACCAGCUGAUUCUCAGUCUGUUAAAUGACAUUAGCGGUAUGGCCGCCUUGGUACCGCGAUUAAAAAAAAAUUCGGUAGGAUACGCUGAAGAAUUAGAAUCUGACACAGACAUGAAGGGAAUGAAAGAGGAGAUACUGACAAGCGUAGCUACUGCUGUAGAAGAGGCUACUGACUUUUGCAGUAAUUUUGAAGGCUACGCCUAUUUAUGGUUGGAUGAUAGGGAUGUUGUGAUGCAACAAUUCCUCGAGUACAGCCGCCAAUUGUCAGUGGAAGAAAUGGACAUGGUGACGGCUCAGGACCCUAAAGGUCCGACGAAGUCACCGCCGAAAAUGGAGCAAUUUCGCGAACAAAUUGACCUUUACGAGGGCCUCUAUCUCGAGAUCGAGGAAAUGGAUCUGUCCAAAGUAUUUUGCGGCUGGUUCAGGGUGGAUCUAAGACCCUUCAGACAGUCGGUAUUGAACACGGUGUGCAAAUGGUCGAGCAUGUUCAAAAAACAUUUAGUCGAUCGUGUAACAAGUAGCCUUUCCGAUCUGGGAGCGUUCAUAAGACUAGCGGACGAGGGAUUGUUACAGCAAGUACAACCGGGUGAUUAUGCGGCUCUAGUUAGCGUAAUGGGCUACCUACUACAGGUGAAAGAACGCCAGCCAACUACGGACGAAAUGUUCCAGCCAUUAGAGGAAACCAUUGAGUUGCUCAAGUUCUACGAUCAGGAUAUACCCGAAGAAGUAAACGUGCUGUUGCAAGAGUUACCGGAGCAAUGGGCAAACACGAAAAAACUCGCUCUUAUGGUGAAGCAGCAAGUUGCGCCAUUGCAGGCAGGUGAAGUAUCAAGAAUUCGCGGACGGAUCUGCGCGUUCGACAUUACAAUAGGCCAGUAUCGAGAGGCAUUUCGACGGUACGCAUUCUUUAAGUACGAUUGCAAAAAUCCGUACGAGCUAUCAGACGAGGCCCACAAGGAGAUCCUCAUGCUGGAACGGCAAAUGAAGGAUAUACAAGAAUCCGCCUCGUUGUUUGAAGUGACGGUACCCGAAUUUAAACAGCUGAGGCAGUGCAGGAGGGAGCUGAAGAUGCUUAAGCAGCUCUGGGAUUAUGUAAAUAUAGUGCAGAGUAGUAUCGAGGGUUGGAAGACGACGCCCUGGAGGAAAAUCGACGUGGAGAAUAUGGACAUCGAGUGCAAGAAGUUUGCGAAGGAGAUACGUGCACUGGACAAAGAAAUGAGGCCAUGGGACACUUAUGUAUCGUUGGAAGCGACGGUGAAGAAUAUGCUUACGUCGCUGCGUGCCGUAGGAGAAUUGCAAAAUCCGGCCAUUCGGGAGAGGCACUGGCGACAACUGAUGAAUAGUACUAAGGUUCGUUUCGUAAUGGACGAAUCGACGACUCUAGCCGAUCUGCUCGAGUUGAAUCUCCACGAAUGCGAGGAGGAAGUUAAGAAUAUCGUGGAUAAAGCGGUUAAGGAAAUGUCCAUGGAGAAAUAUAUGAAAGAAUUGAAUGUUACGUGGUCGAAAAUGGAAUUCGAGCGGGAAGUUCACGCUCGCACGGGAGCUACCUUAAUAAGAGCUAGCGAAGAAUUGAUUGAGACCUUAGAGGAAAACCAGGUACAAUUGCAAAAUUUGAUCACCUCGAAAUUUAUCGCGCACUUCCUGGAGGAGGUGUCGUCGUGGCAAAAAAAGUUAAGUAUCGCCGAUCAGGUGACGACGGUCUGGUUCGAGGUUCAACGUACUUGGAUGCAUCUCGAGAGCAUCUUCAUGUCGUCCGAGGAUAUUCGACGGCAGUUGCCGGUGGAUGCCGAGCGGUUCGAUCACAUCGAUAAGGAAUUUAAAGAGAUGACGGAGGAGAUGGCGAAAACGCCGAACGUCGUUGAGGCGACGAAUAAGGACGGUCUCGUGUCCGCUUUAGACGUUCUGCAAAAAGGGCUGGUAUUAUGCGAGAAGGCCUUGGCGGAGUAUCUCGAAACGAAGCGUCUCGCUUUUCCGCGAUUCUACUUCGUCUCUUCCAGCGAUCUGCUGGACAUACUCUCGAACGGGAACCAACCGGAAAUAGUGGCGAAACACUUGACGAAGUUAUUCGAUUCUAUGGCGCGAUUGAACUUCGACACCACGAAUACCUCACUAAAGCGCGUCCUAGGCAUGUUCGCCAAGGAUGGCGAAUACGUGGAAUUCGCAAACUGCGAGAUGAUUUGCGAAGGAGCUGUGGAAGGAUGGUUGAAUCGGCUUCAGAAAGCCAUGCGCGUGUCCAUCCGGCAUUACUUCAGCGAAGCGGUUGUGACGUACGAGGAAAAGCCACGAGAGCAGUGGCUGUUCGAUUAUCCGGCCCAGGUGUCCCUCUGCGGAACGCAAAUUUGGUGGACCACCGAGGUCAACAUGGCCUUCGCGCGUCUCGAAGAGGGCUACGACAACUCGAUCAAGGAUUAUCUGAAGAAGCAGAUCUCGCAGUUGAGCACUUUAAUCACGCUGCUGAUAGGAGAGCUGACUAAGCAGGAGAGACAGAAGGUCAUGACUAUCUGCACGAUCGACGUCCACUCCAGGGACGUCGUGACGAAGCUGGUGCAAUCGAAGGUGGAGACCGCGCAGGCCUUCCAGUGGCAGAGUCAGUUGCGGCACAGAUGGGACGAGAAGGAAAAGGAUUGCUUCGCAAAUAUUUGCGACGCGCAGUUCAAGUAUUCUCACGAGUACCUGGGCAAUACUCCAAGAUUGGUCAUAACGCCGCUAACGGACAGGUGUUACAUAACUCUGACGCAAUCUCUGCAUCUCAUUAUGGGCGGUGGUCCAGCCGGACCUGCGGGAACCGGAAAAACCGAGACCACGAAGGAUCUCGGCAGAGCUCUCGGCAUAAUGGUGUACGUGUUCAAUUGCUCCGAGCAGAUGGACUACAAGUCCUGCGGUAAUAUAUACAAGGGUCUGGCGCAGACCGGCGCGUGGGGUUGUUUCGACGAAUUCAACAGGAUCACCGUCGAGGUGCUCUCGGUGGUCGCCGUGCAAGUAAAGUCGAUUCAAGACGCCAUCAGAGAUAAGAAGGAAAAGUUCAACUUCAUGGGCGAGACGAUAGCUCUCGAGCCGACCGUUGGCAUAUUCAUCACCAUGAAUCCGGGUUACGCCGGCCGUACGGAAUUGCCGGAGAAUCUGAAGGCGCUUUUUCGUCCCUGCGCCAUGGUGGUGCCCGAUUUCGAGCUGAUAUGCGAGAUAAUGUUGGUAGCGGAGGGAUUUCAGGACGCAAGGAUACUCGCGAGAAAGUUUAUUACAUUGUACACGUUGUGUAAGGAAUUGCUAUCCAAACAGGAUCACUACGACUGGGGUUUGAGGGCGAUAAAAUCGGUCUUAGUGGUCGCCGGUAGCUUGAAAAGAGGCGAUCCCGGCAGACCGGAAGAACAGGUAUUAAUGAGAGCCCUGCGAGACUUCAAUAUUCCCAAAGUGGUGUCGGACGAUUUACCGGUCUUUAUGGGGCUGAUAGCCGAUUUAUUUCCAGCAUUGGACGUUCCUAGAAAAAGAGACGUUGAGUUCGAGAAGAUGGUAAAGGCGGCGGCCACCGAUCUAAGUCUGCAACCGGAAGACGGUUUUAUUCUCAAGGUUGUGCAGCUCGAGGAGCUGUUAGAAGUGAGGCACUCCGUCUUUAUCGUAGGUAUAGCUGGUUCCGGAAAGACUCAAGUUUGGAAGUCGCUGUUCAAGAGUUAUCAUAACAUGAAGAGAAAGCCGAUGUACAACGAUCUCAAUCCCAAGGCUGUGACCAACGACGAGCUCUUCGGUAUCAUCAAUCCCGCGACGCGGGAAUGGAAAGACGGCCUCUUCUCGGUGAUAAUGAGAGAACAGGCCAACCUGGGUGGCGACAAUCCAAAGUGGAUCGUCCUGGACGGCGACAUCGAUCCGAUGUGGAUCGAAUCGCUGAAUACCGUUAUGGACGACAACAAAGUUCUGACGUUGGCCAGCAACGAACGGAUCGCCCUUACGCCGGCCAUGAGAUUGCUCUUCGAGAUCUCGAAUCUGAGAACCGCCACACCCGCCACGGUCUCGCGUGCCGGUAUCCUGUACAUAAACCCGCAGGAUUUAGGAUGGAAUCCGUACGUAACCAGCUGGGUCGAGAAACGAUCUCUGCCGAAUGAGAAGUCAAAUCUGGUAAUGCUCUUCGACAAAUACAUCCCUACUUGUCUCGAGACUUUACGAACGAGAUUCAAGAAGAUCACGCCUAUAGCCGACAUGGCGCACGUCGAGAUGCUGUGUCAUCUUCUCCAUUGUCUUUUGAGACCAGAGCUGACGACCGGCGACUUUCACAAGGACCAUUACGAGCUGUAUUUCGUGUUCGCCGCCGUCUGGGCUUUCGGCUCCUCUAUGUUUCAGGAUCAAACUGUGGAUUACCGAGUAGAGUUCACUAAAUGGUGGACCAAUGAAUUCAAGCAGAUAAAAUUCCCGCCGCAAGGGACGGUUUUUGAUUAUUAUAUUGACAACGAGACGAAGAAUUUCGUUCCGUGGACGGAACGUCUUCCGAAAUUUGAGUUGGAUCCGGAGAUACCACUACAAGCCGUUUUAGUCUACACGUCGGAGUCCAUCAGAAUAAAAUACUUUCUUGACUUGUUAAUGCCGGAGAAACACCCGAUAAUGUUGGUCGGCACGGCUGGAUGCGGCAAGACCGUCCUGGUCGCCGAGAAACUUCUUCAGCUUUCUGAAAAUUACGCGGUCUCCAACGUGCCGUUCAAUUUCUACACCUCGUCCGAGAUGCUGCAGAAGAUCCUGGAGAAAUCACUGGAGAAGAAAGCGGGCAGAAAUUAUGGCCCGCCGGGAAACAAGACCUUGGUGUAUUUUAUCGACGAUAUGAACAUGCCUGAAGUGGACGCGUACGGCACGGUUCAGCCUCACACGUUAAUUAGACAACAUUUAGAUUACGGUCAUUGGUACGAUCGGACUAAAUUGACUCUGAAGGACAUUCAUAAUUGUCAAUACAUCAGUUGCAUGAAUCCGACCGCCGGAUCGUUUACGAUUAAUCCGAGAUUACAAAGGCAUUUCGCCGUAUUUGCCGUCAGCUUUCCGAACGUGGAUUCUCUGACAACAAUAUAUUCCUCUAUUUUGUCACAGCAUUUCGCAAACGUGGAACACAGGUUUCCUGUAAGCGUCACUGAAUUAUGUCCCAACAUCGUGCAAGCAAGCAUUCAACUACAUCACCGUUGCGCUCAAAUGUUUCUACCGACAGCGGUGAAGUUCCAUUAUAUCUUCAAUCUCCGCGAACUUUCCAACUGCUUUCAAGGUCUAUUGUUCAGCGGCAAUGAGUGCUUACAAUCCCCGGUGGAUCUAAUCAGACUCUGGAUGCACGAGACUCAACGCGUGUACGGAGAUAAGCUAACGGACGAAAAAGACAUCGAAAGUUUCUUGAAACUACAACUCGAUAUCAUGAAAAAAAAUGUGGAGGAGGUGGACGAGAGCGCGAUCCUGGAAAAGCCCAACAUUUAUUGCCAUUUUGCAGGAGGCGUUGGAGAGCCGAAAUACAUGCCCGUCAAAGAUUGGUCGAAUUUACAUCGGCUGCUGUCGGAAGCAAUGGUCAGCUAUAACGAUUUGGUGGCGGCCAUGAAUUUAGUGCUUUUCGAGGACGCUAUGAUGCACGUAUGUCGCGUAAAUAGGAUCCUAGAAUCGCCCAGAGGCAGUGCGCUCUUAGUGGGCGUGGGUGGCUCUGGUAAGCAGAGUCUUUCGCGAUUGGCAGCCUUUAUAAGUUCAUUGGAGGUCUUCCAAGUUCAACUGAAGAAGGGCUACGGCGUGACUGAUCUAAAACUAGAACUCGCCGCUUUGUAUUCGAAAGCCGGCUUGAAAAAUUUAGGUAACAUGUUCCUGAUGACAGACGCGCAAGUGCCGAACGAACAAUUCCUAGUACUUAUCAAUGACAUGCUCGCGUCCGGGGAAGUGCCCGAUUUAUUCGCCGAGGACGAGGUGGAGAACAUAAUAGCAGGAGUUCGUAACGAGGUGAAAGGCGCCGGUAUGCUGGACACACGCGAAAAUUGCUGGAAGUUUUUCAUCGAUCGCGUUCGCCGACAACUCAGAAUCGUAUUAUGUUUCUCUCCCGUCGGUUCGACACUGCGGGUUAGAUCCAGAAAAUUUCCGGCAAUCAUAAAUUGCACAAUGAUAAACUGGUUUCACGAGUGGCCUCAGGAGGCACUAAUGUCUGUGUCGAAAAGAUUUUUGCAGGAACUGGAGGAGCUGUCAGAAACUUACAGAGAAUCAGCUGCUAAAUUUAUGGCCCAUGCACACACCACCGUAAAUGUAGCCAGCCGUCAUUAUCUGAGCAGCGAGCGUCGUUACAAUUACACGACUCCGAAGUCUUUCCUGGAGCAAAUAAGUUUAUACAUUAGAUUGUUAAAAACAAAAAGUUCCGAGCUACGUGCUAGAGUGGCUAGAUUGGAAAACGGCUUGGACAAGUUGAGAUCAACGGCCGUACAAGUGGAUAAGUUAAAAAAGAAGUUGGCCGUACAAGAGGUAGAAUUACAGCAGAAAAACGAUGCUGCAGACGCUCUAAUUGCCAUAGUUGGUGUCGAGACGGAGAAAGUCCAAAAAGAAAAGGCGAUAGCGGAUGAGGAGGAAUCCAAAGUGGCCGUGAUUGCCGAGGAAGUUUCAAAGAAACAAAAAGACUGCGAGGUGGACUUAAUGAAAGCCGAGCCUGCUUUGCUGGCCGCUCAAGAAGCUUUAAAUACUCUAAACAAAGCGAAUCUAACGGAAUUAAAAUCAUUCGGCUCGCCUCCCGGUGCUGUAACAAACGUCACUGCUGCAGUCAUGGUCCUUUUGGCACCAUCUGGCAAAGUACCUAAGGAUCGCAGUUGGAAGUCCGCCAAGAUCGUGAUGGCGAAAGUGGAUACCUUCUUAGAUUCCCUGAUUAAUUAUGACAAGGAAAAUAUACAUCCCGAGGUGAUUAAAGCGAUACAGCCGUAUCUCAAGGACUCCGAAUUCGAGCCUGAGUUCGUAAGAUCCAAGUCAGCCGCCGCGGCGGGUUUAUGCGCCUGGGUAAUUAAUAUUAUCAAGUUUUACGAAGUCUUUUGCGACGUGGAACCGAAACGGAAGGCACUCGCGCAUGCGAACGCGGAGCUGGCUGCGGCUCAAGACAAGCUUAGCGGUAUCAAGAGGAAAGUAGUUUCCUUGGAAGAACAGUUGGCGAAGUUAACGGCGGACUUUGAGAAAGCGACAUCCGAGAAAUUGAAAUGCCAACAGGAAGCCGAUGCCACCAAUUCGACGAUCGCGUUAGCGAACAGACUAGUCGGCGGUUUGGCAUCUGAAAACGUUCGUUGGGCCGAUUCGGUGGCAAACUUCAUGCAGCAGGCGUCGACGCUACCCGGCGAUGUACUAUUGGUGACGGCUUUCAUAUCCUACGUGGGUUGUUUUACAAAACAGUUCCGACAGGAUUUGCUAAACAAGCAAUGGCUGCCAUUCAUACGCAGCGUGGAACCGACAAUCCCAAUUACCGAAGGCCUGGAUCCUCUCUCCCUGCUAACGGAUGACACGCAAAUCGCCAAAUGGAAUAACGAGGGAUUGCCGAACGAUCGAAUGUCGACCGAGAACGCCACAAUACUGACCAAUUCCGAUCGUUGGCCGCUAAUGAUAGAUCCACAGCUUCAAGGUAUAAAGUGGAUCAAGGAGAAAUACGGAGACGAGCUGAAAGUGAUCAGAUUAGGUCAACGUGGUUACUUGGACGUGAUUGAGUUAUCAUUAGCGAAUGGAUCUACAGUUCUGCUGGAGAAUAUCGGGGAGACUGUAGAUCCCGUUCUGGAUCCUCUGCUCGGCCGAAAUUUAAUCAAGAAGGGUCGAGCCAUUAAGAUCGGCGAUAAAGAGGUGGAAUACAAUUCCAUGUUCAGAUUGUUGCUGCACACGAAGCUGGCUAAUCCCCAUUAUAAGCCGGAAAUGCAGGCGCAAACCACGCUGAUUAAUUUUACAGUGACGAGGGACGGCUUGGAAGAUCAAUUGCUCGCGGAAGUGGUUAAGGCGGAGAGACCAGAUUUAGAGGAGUUGAAGGCGGAACUUACCAGGCAGCAGAAUGAUUUUAAGAUUACUCUCAACAGUCUCGAAGAUUCGCUUCUCUCCCGGUUAUCAUCAGCUGGCAGUAAUGUCCUCGAAGACACAUCUCUCGUGGAGAAUUUGGAGACUACUAAGCGUACUGCUGCGGAGAUCGAGUCGAAAGUUACGGAGGCUCGCGGUACCAGCCGACAGAUCGACGCGGCUCGAGAACUAUAUCGGCCGGCAGCAGCAAGAGCCUCCUUACUGUACUUCAUACUGAACGACUUGAAUACGAUCAAUCCUAUCUAUCAAUUUUCGCUAAAGGCUUUCAGCGUAGUCUUUCAGAAGGCGAUCUUGAAGGCCAAUCCCGCGCCUGAUGUUGCGGCAAGAGUACAGAAUCUGAUCGAGUGCAUCACAUAUUCAGUCUUCAUGUACACCAGCCGGGGACUCUUCGAGUGCGACAAGCUAAUCUUCGCCUCGCAAAUGGCUUUUCAAAUCUUAUUGGUAAGAAACGAAGUCACGGCCAGCGAGUUGGACUUCCUUCUGAGAUUCCCUAUAACGCCACACGUCACCUCGCCGGUCGAUUUCCUCACCAACGCCAGUUGGGGUGGCAUAAGAAGUCUCUCCACGAGGGAAGAGUUUCGGAAUUUGGACCGGGACAUCGAGAGUUCUGCCAAACGCUGGAAAAAGUUCGUAGAGUGCGAAUGCCCGGAGCGGGAGAAGUUUCCCCAAGAGUGGAAAAAUAAGACGGCUAUACAACGUCUGUGCAUGCUGAGAGCUCUGAGACCGGACAGGAUGACGUAUGCCAUCGCAACGUUUAUCGAGGAGAAGCUCGGUGCGAGGUACAUCGAGGCGAGAACGGUGGAGUUUGCGAAAUCUUACGAAGAGACUAGCCCGAGCACUCCAAUUUUCUUUAUUCUGUCACCCGGAGUAAAUCCACUGAAGGAUGUGGAGGAUCUAGGUCGUCGUCUUGGUUUUAUGUCAGAUAAUCAAAAUUUCCAUAAUGUGUCCCUUGGUCAAGGACAAGAAACGGUGGCCGAACAGGCUAUAGACGUAGCAGCCAAAAAUGGUCACUGGGUGGUAUUGCAAAAUAUACAUUUAGUUAAAAAGUGGCUUCCAUUAUUAGAGAAGAAAUUAGAGACGGCCGCGGAAGGUUCGCAUUCCGAUUACAGAAUGUUUAUGAGCGCAGAACCGGCUAGUACGCCAGCCGGUCAUAUAAUACCUCAAGGUAUUCUCGAAUCAUCAAUUAAAAUUACAAACGAACCACCCACCGGUAUGCAAGCUAAUUUGCAUAAAGCUCUGGAUAAUUUUGCUCAAGAGACUUUAGAAAUGUGCUCUAAAGAAGCCGAGUUCAAAGCGAUUUUAUUCUCUUUAUGCUAUUUCCACGCAGUCGUCGCGGAACGUCGUAAAUUCGGACCCCAGGGUUGGAAUAAAAUAUAUCCCUUCAAUGUGGGAGACCUGAACAUCAGUGUCAGUGUGCUUUAUAAUUAUUUGGAAGCAAGUCCGAAAGUGCCUUGGGAAGACUUAAGGUAUCUCUUUGGAGAAAUUAUGUAUGGUGGCCACAUAACAGACGACUGGGACAGAAGGCUUUGCGUAUCCUAUCUUGAAGAAUUAAUGCAGCCUGACCUGAUUGAUGGAGAAUUGCAACUGGCACCAGGUUUUCCCGCGCCUCCUAAUACAGAUCUAGCCGGUUAUCAUACAUAUAUUGACGAAGCUAUACCGCCGGAAUCGCCGUAUUUAUAUGGACUACAUCCAAACGCGGAAAUCGGCUUUCUAACGAUGACAGCUGAGAAUUUAUUCCGAACGGUAUUUGAGAUGCAACCGCGUGACACUGGCAGCUCGGGAGGACAAACCGUUACCAGAGAGGAAAAGGUGAAACAAGUGUUGGAUGAGAUAAUAGAGAAGUUACCCGAGGAGUUCAACAUGACGGAGAUCAUGGGAAAAGUGGAGGAACGGACGCCGUACGUGAUCGUCGCCUUUCAAGAAUGCGAGAGGAUGAAUUUCCUGACAACGGAGAUCAAACGAUCGUUGCGGGAGUUAGAUCUGGGCCUCAAGGGCGAGCUCACCAUAACGUCAGACAUGGAGGAUCUGGAGAACGCGUUGUUCUUCGACCAAGUACCGCCGGUGUGGGCUAGCAGAGCUUAUCCGUCUUUAUUGGGUCUGACCGGUUGGUUCGUCGAUCUGCUGCUGAGGAUCAGAGAGCUGGAAACGUGGUCCACGGAUUUCGUUUUACCGGCGUCGGUGUGGCUCGCCGGGUUUUUCAAUCCCCAAUCGCUGCUCACCGCCAUCAUGCAAUCGACAGCCAGGAGGCACGAGUUGCCGCUCGACAAAAUGUGCCUCCAGUGCGACGUGACCAAGAAGAACAAGGAGGAAUUCACGUCAGCGCCGAGGGACGGGGCCUACGUCCACGGAAUAUUUAUGGAAGGCGCGCGAUGGGACGUCCAAACAGGAAUCAUCGUCGAUUCCAGAUCGAAGGAAUUAUAUCCACCGAUGCCGGUGAUUAAUGUACGCGCGAUCACGCAGGACAAACAGGAUUUGAGGAACAUGUACGAGUGCCCGGUGUACAAAACACGCACGCGUGGCCCGACAUAUGUAUGGACGUUUAAUUUAAAAACCAAGGACAAACCGGCCAAAUGGACGUUGGCCGGUGUUGCUCUCUUGUUACAAACCUAGACAGAAUAAUCAUCGUUAUAUUUAGCAAUUAGUCGUUAUUGAUUGCUUAAAUAAUAUUAUAAAUGAAUGUAUUGACAUUGUGAUUAUGUACCUGCUCGAAAUAAGCAUUAAUCAUUUCUUUGUCAGAUAUUUUUGCAGGUGAUCUUACGUUACGUAGAUAAGAUGGUAUUUUACACUUUUCUCUGCUGUGUAAAAAAACCGACUGUAAAAAUAUAUUAAUUAGAAUUAAUUAAUUAAGAUUAAUAUAUC